AUGUUACUGACCCAAUCCUUCAAGAAAGAUGGGGGGGAGAUAUCUAGCACUAAAUUCUUUGGAAGGUUUGUGUCGGAUAGACCUGUUUGGACUGCUUCUGUUAAUGGAAAGUUCUCCAUUAAGACUGCUUGGGAAUCUAUUCGCCAACAGGGUGCAGCUGUAAUAUGGCAUAGACUUGUGUGGUUUUCUUCGACCCAAACGAGGUUCGCUUUCAUAACCUGGUUGGUGUUUCAUCGUAGGCUAACUACCAAAUGUCGCCUUGCAUCGUGGGGUGCUGCUAUCGACACAACUUGUUCUCUAUGUUUGGAGGCUCCUGAAACCAUUGAUCACCUCCUAUUUCAAUGCUCCUUUUCCAAAAAGAUCUGGAAAGAGAUCGUUACUCUAAAUGGAUUUCAGAGAGGACCAUUGAGUUCGUGGCAGGAGGAAAUUGAUUGGAUGGUUGAUCACUUUGAGGGUGAAUCCCUCAUAAAUUGCAUUCGAAGGUUCAGCCUAGCAUCAAUGAUCUACAGAAUCUGGGGAGAGAGGAAUUACGGAGUUUUCAAGCAAAGGCAGCAAGAUUAUUCUGCUGUUCUUAGACAUGUUAUUCAUGAUACAAGAGGGCGAUUCUCGGACGUGGAAAAACCAGUUCUAGAUAAUGAUGUGAACAAAAGUUUCUUUCACCGCUGGCAACUCAAUGUCUCAUAUCAGCAUUCUAUAGCAACGCCUCAUGUUUGGUCUCUUCCGCCUUCCCAAUGGGUUGCUAUUAAUUGUGAUGGAUCUGUAUGUGCUGAUCAUGGUGGAUAUGGUGCUAUAGGCCGUGAUUCGGCUGGGAAGGUGCUCUUUGCUAUCGCGGGUGGUGCCCAGGAAACCAACAUUCUGGUGAUGGAAUUGAUGGCUAUUAGAGGGGGUCUUCAGAAGGCACGAGCCUUAAAUCCUCCCCAGGUUCAGGUUCGGUCAGACUCACAGUGUGCAGUGCAGAUGAUCACAGGCUUAUACCAAAAGCUGUGGUAUGGACUUGGUUUGAUUGAGGAUAUCCAUUGCCUUCAUGAUUGCUUUCAAAGCUGUGGUUUUUCACAUCAAGUUCGUGAAGUGAACAAAUGUGCUGAUUUCCUUGCAAGCUUUGUUCAGUCCUGCGAAGAGAUUCAUUUAAGUCCUGAUUGCCUCCCAGAGACGCUCUCUGCUUUGGUUAGAGAUGAUGUCAAUGGGAAGAAAUUUUUCAGAAUGUAG